GAGGCGCGCGUACCCGAGGCCACGUGACCUCGAGCCGCCAUGGCGGCGGUGCCGGGCGGUCGCCGCUCCGGGCCUGCAGCGGGCGCCCGCUUCUUCUGCACCGCGGGCCGCGGCCUGGAGCCCUUCCUGAUGCGGGAGGUGCGGUCGCGGCUGGCGGCCACGCAGGUUGAAUAUAUUUCAGGAAAAGUUUUUUUCACCACCUGUUCUGACUUGAAUAUGCUGAAAAAAUUAAAAUCUGCAGAAAGGUUAUUUUUGCUGAUUAAAAAGCAGCUUCCAUUUAAUGUUUCUUCUGUAAGUAAAGGAAAAAUAUUUAAUGAAAUGCAGAGACUAACAAAUGAUGAUCCUGAAAGUUGGUUGAAUGCCAUUUCAAUUUGGAAAAAUCUUCUUGAACUUAAUGCAAAAAAGGUAAAACUUUCUCAAAAAAAUGCUAACCCACUAAAAAGAAAAGUGGGAGAAAAUGACAUCAUUGCUAAGAAAUUGAAAACAGCAGAAAUGCAAGAGAUACAAGAGAAAAAGGAAUGCCAAGUGGAAAAACAAAUAGAAGAAGAAACACUGGAGCAAGGAAAUUUUACCACUAAAAGAGACAAAUCUCAAGAAGAACUUCAGAACGAUGUAGCAGAAGCAGUUGAUACUCAUAACCAGAACGACUUAACUUUCAGAGUUUCCUGUCGCUGCAGUGGAGCCAUUGCAAAGACCUUUACUGCACAGGAGGCAGGAAGAGUAAUUGGAAUUGCUCUCAUGAAACAGUUUGGAUGGAAAGCAGAUUUGAGGAAUCCAAAUGUAGAGAUCUUUAUACAUCUAAGUGAUAUUUACUGUGUGGUGGGAAUUCCUGUGUUCAGGGUUCCUUUAGCGAGCAGAGCUUACAUCAAGACAGCAGGACUGAGAUCUACCAUAGCGUGGGCAAUGGCCUCUCUCGCAGAAAUUAAGGCUGGCGCAGUUGUUUUAGAUCCAAUGUGUGGACUUGGAACAAUACUUUUGGAAGCUGCUAAAGAAUGGCCAGAUGUGUAUUACGUGGGUGCUGAUGUCAGUGACUCACAGUUACUAGGUGCAUGUGACAAUCUGAAAGCUGCAGGCCUUAAGGAUAAAAUUGAGUUACUUAAAGUCUCUGUGAUAGGGACACACUUUGAGAACCACUGCUGAAGGGAAGGUGAGUUGGAAAGAGGCCCAUCUGGAAGUAGUUGCUCCACCUAGGCCUUUGAGGCGCUGUGACAAGGAAUUGCGAAGUUCUGCAGAGUUUCCCUGAAGGAUUCUGACCCACUGGUCUCCACCUGGCUGUCAUCUCCUUAUACACCUCAGAGAGGACAUUGUAAGUAAUGACAAUAGCUGACAGUUACUGAGUGCUCGUUACAUGCCAGGCACUGUUUUACAUACUUUCCGUGAGUUCCUCGCUUGUUAACUUCUGAGAUGGGUAGUCUUAUCCCAUUUUACAGAUGAGAAAACUGAAGCAAUAAUCUCCCAAAGUCGCAUAGCUAGUAAGUGGCAGAGCCAAAUGCAAGCUGUCUGACGCCAGAGGCUACACAACAAAAGCCACAUCAACAAAAGUUCAGAUUAUUUUAUGUUCUGUUGGAAGAUGACACCACUCAGCUCUAGAACUUUGUAAAAAGUUACUCUCUUCUAUCUCGAAGUUUAUUCCUUCAGCUUCUAAAAUGAUUUAAAGCAGUUCAGCAAAUUAUAUGAUACAGAGUAGAAAAGUUACAAAUAAAAAUAGACACCAACCAGAAGGGGAAAAAAUGUUACCAAAUCUGAAGAUGGGCAACUCAUGUAUGUACGUGUUUAAGUAGACAAAAGACUUGGGCUCAAUCUCAGGAGUAAGUUACUGCCUGGUUCCUCAUGUAGAAACGUUUGAUAACCAUGUCUGUACAUUGUCUUCAGUAGUUUCACAAAAAGUAUAGUUAACAGUGUUCAAAUGGAUGUGUCCCAUAUCAGUAACCUAAAACCAAAGGCAUGAAGUCAAAACGUGACCUGGAGAAAAGAUUUCCUGCCUAGUCCGAACAGAAUAUUAUCCCGUUACUUGUUUUCUAACAGCCUGCUCUUCUACUAAUCUCAGGUAAGGUCAGAACUAGGAAAGAUAAGCAAGUGUUCAUUAGACUCUCCCAGAUAACAGGAUUUUUAAUUUUGUUUUUAAAUUUCCCGCCAACAAAAAUUUGUAUUCAGAUAGUAAAGACUAUUUAAAUUCUAUUGCACCUUCUAUAGAAUUAGAUGCUUUCCAAAAUAAAAAUGAUUAUCUAACUUAGUUUAGAUGGUGGUGGAAGUAAAAUAAUUGGAAAGUGAAAAGUUUACUCAGAAAAUGUGGAAGUUAAGAUUGGGUGUAGGUAAGAUUACCUUAUGGUAAUCUGAUUUCUGAGAAUAAGAUGUAAAGUUGAGAAGGAAAUUUAGAUUUGAUAAUCAAACACUGUAUUUUGUUUUAGAGAUGAUAUUCAUUUUGUUGAUUAUUGAUUGUUUGGCCUUUUCUCUAGUCUUAGGACUUAAGUAGAUGUUCUUAACCCUUUGAGUCUCCUUUAAAACCACAAUGAAAGCUCUGGGCCACCUCUCUUAAAAACAAAUAGAUCAUGCAAAAUUUUAUAUAUGAUCAUGAAAAGAAAAAUAAAAGUUAUAGGACAUAAUUUUGUAAAAGGUCUUUCUAGACAUCCUAAUAUAUUUCUUGGAUCUAGUAAUUAUCUAUUCAUGUAAUAUGUUUAAAGAGUUGAAUUUUCUGGUUAAUUUAAAAUUCUGCUUAUGUCAUAUUUUAUUAUACUAAUACCUAAAAAAACACUUUUCAAAGAACGGAAUACAACAACUAUGCCAUCUAUCUUUGGUGAUUAUGAAAGCCUUUCAGGAUCUUGUAAUUCCUUAGAAACAGUAUUAGCAACCCUAAAUUUUAUUUAAUAUGCAAAAAUAAUCCAGUGUACUUCAGUUUUCUCAUACCUAGGUUGCAAAUGUUUGAACUUACUGCCAUCAGAUUCUCUCAUUUUUGUGUUUCAGAAUUGCCAUUGCCUUCAGAAAGUGUCGAUACUAUUAUUUCCGAUAUUCCAUUUGGGAAAAAGUUUAAGUUAGGAAAAGACAUCAAACACAUUAUACAAGAAAUGGAAA